UCUCCGAGUCGCGAUUACGUAAUUAAAUAUUUGGUUAGCGGCUGCUUUUCCAAUUUUCAAGCAAAUCGAAUUUCCUGAAAUGUAAACAGUUCUUCCUUAUUCUAAUUAUCGAAUGAAUCGUUAGACGCGACGUAGCAGGGCGUGGAAAAUUGUGAUUUAAUGCAAAUAGCAGACGGACUUUUGAACCAAGGCGCGAAACUCUGCGAGCUUUCGGCGAAGGCGCGAAACUCGCGCAGAACCGGAAGCCCCCUACUCGUUUACCACUGGCCAAUCGUCGACUGUUCUGUUUCCCUUCUGGUAGCUAGCCGUUUGUUCCGUUCUCUUUCAUUUCCUAGUGGGGUCUCGACGAGUCGGGUUGUCGGUAAUUUUUCGAGUAUUUGCACGUGCGAAUAAUAGUUCAGAAAUUUACAGCUGGCUAAACCUCGAUAUUCGAUCAAUGAUCGAUCGCGUUGAAAUAAAUAUCUUUGCCAUACAUUAAAAUGGGAUACGCUUAAAGAAUUUGAGUCUCGGGAAUGGAAGCCGGCGUAAGAAGCGAAAGCCACGUGGCGAAGGAACUAACGGAGGAUGAAAUAAACCGGAUUCGCGAGCAGAAUUCUCGUUUGGUACCCGAGCACCGAGCCCUACAGUUGGAAAAGGAAGCGAAAAAGCAUUGGGAUUUAUUUUACAAGCGGAAUGAGACUAGAUUUUUCAAAGACCGACAUUGGACCACGAGGGAAUUUGAGGAAUUGUUGGACCUCGGUGGCGUGAACAAUGGCACUCUACUAGAAGUUGGCUGUGGAGUCGGGAAUCUUUUCUAUCCGUUGCUAGAAGAUGGCUUAAAAAUUGAAAAAAUUUACGCUUGUGAUCUAUCUCCCAGAGCCAUAGAUUUCGUAAAGAAUCAUGAAUUGUUUGACUCAGAAAAAAUAAUGGCAUUUCAAGCAGAUGUUACCGCUCCAGAUUGUUUUUCCAUAGUUAAUCAUCCCAUCGAUGUAGCUACAAUGAUUUUCGUACUGUCUGCUAUACAUCCAGAUAAAUUCCGAGGAGUUGCUGAACGUCUCUUUGCGGUGAUGAGCAGCGGCGGAACAAUCCUAUUUCGAGAUUAUGGACUCUACGACAUGGCGCAAUUGAGAUUUAAGCCAGGUCACAAAAUAUCCGAGAAUUUCUAUGUACGACAAGAUGGCACUAGAAGCUACUACUUCUCCAUUGAAGAAGUACGAGAUAUUUUUGUUUCGGCUGGGUUCCAAGAGUUGACCUGUAGCUACGUUCAACGGCGAACAAUAAACGUGAAAGAAAAAAUAGAUGUGCCCAGAAUCUUUGUGCAGGCUAAAUUCAAGAAACCUUGAGCAAUUCAUAAUUUUCCUGUUCGGAAAGGCUUCAUCAUUGAAUGGCAUGAUCCAACCCCACAUCAGCACUCGAUAGAAUUUGAGAAACAAUAGCUGCUCUCGGCUUAUCGAUAUUCAGAAAGGCUUCAUCAUUGAAUGGCAUGAUCCAACCCCACAUCAGCACUCGACAGAAUUUGAGAAACAAUAGCUGCUCUCGGCUUAUCGAUAUUCAGAAACACUUCGUCUGGUCCUAGUCCGCAUUUGGAACUGAAAUUUCGAUUCCGAGUACAAAAGAUGGGAGAAAUAACUAGACUUGCUAUCGCCUUAAUCAUUCUAGGAGGAAAAUCGCGUGAGCUACUUAUAACGAAGUCACGUGUAGAAAGGCGUCAAGGCACCAGCUUCGCUUGGUGAAAUAAUUUAUCAACGACCCACAAUGAUAUUUACCUCUUGUCAUAAAUGUCUGAAAAUUACGAAUAAAAACUAAACUGAACAAA